CAGGUCUUCUGUCAUCUGAUAGGGUCUCAUAUUAGUGUGAGCACUACGGUAACUUGACAGAGGCAACGUUUUCUCAACUCAUUCUGGAAGGCUCGCACAUGUCUGCCGCAAACCAAAUCCCUGCGUCCGUGAAUGACGAGGGACAAGGCAUACUGGACUCGGUGUCUCCCGCCCCAACUUUACAAGGCGAUCACACGCAAAACUCAGUCCAUCAAAUUCCAGUCCAGAGUCAUUCUCAGAAGUCGUAUAACACUGGCAAUAACGAGCUGCUUCCGACAACGGAUGAUACAGAUGUUUUGAUUGUUGACUGGGACGGCCCGGAUGACUCUCAAAAUCCCAAAAAUUGGAGUCUCAGACGCAAAUGGGCCGCAACAAUAAUUUUAUCAUUGUUUACUCUCCUUAGCCCAGUUUCUUCCUCUAUGAUCGCGCCUGCUACUGGCGAAGUAGCGUCUACCUUCAAAAUUAACGACGAUGCUAUACUUGCACUCACAACAUCUAUCUUUGUGCUUGCAUAUGCGACGGGGCCUUUAUUUCUCGGUCCAUUGAGUGAGAUUUAUGGACGGUCAUGCGUUUUGCAAUUGGCGAAUCUAUGGUACCUCGUAUGGAAUCUUGCCUGUGGAUUCGCACAGUCAGAAUCUCAGCUUCUUGCCUUCCGAUUUCUUGCUGGCAUCGGAGGCAGCGCAGCUUCGUCGAUCGGCGGCGGCUUUCUUGGGGACUGCUGGCAGCCAGAUGAACGAGGAAAGGCUGUUGCCAUUUACUCCUUAGCUCCGUUAUUGGGUCCCGUCCUGGGGCCUGUUACAGGCGCCUGGAUCGUUGAACGCUCGACCUGGAGAUGGGUGUUUUGGUCUACAUCCAUUCUGGGUGCGGCUAUUCAAAUCAUCGGAGUGUUUUCAUUUCGAGAAACCUAUGCGCCCCUCUUAUUAAAAAGGAAGGCAGAGCGGAUUCGCCGAUCAAUGGAUGUCGAAAAAGUGCCGUACAGAGAAAUUCGUACUGUGUUCGAAAACCAAGAUCGUUGCUGGCGGACCAUCAUGGCCAAAUCCCUGAGUCGCCCCUUUGCACUCUUUGUCCGUGAGCCGAUCGUGCAGCUCCUCGGCGUUUAUAUGGCAUAUCAAUACGGGUUACUUUAUCUCUUUCUGACGACGAUUCCAUCGAUAUUUCUUGGUGUAUACCAGCAGUCGAUAGCAAUCGCCGGCCUCCAUUACAUUGCACUUGGCAUAGGGAUGAUAGCGGCGGCCCGAAUAAAUGCGGCAACGAUGGACAAGAUUUAUGUUCAUUUCAAGAGUAAAAACGGUGGAGUUGCGAAGCCGGAAUUCAGAUUGCCUGCGAUGGUUCCCGGGUCUGUACUACUUCCAGUAGGCUGCUUGAUUGUAGGCUGGACUUCUGAAGCCCAUACACAUUGGAUAGCUCCAGAUAUUGGUAUUAUGCUUGUGGGAGCAGGCAUUAAUCUGAGUUACCAGUGUAUCCAGGCAUACAUCAUUGAUUGCUUUACGCUUCAUGCUGCUUCCGCGUUGGCCGCUGUCUCCUGUUUGCGAUCACUAACAGGCUUUGGAUUUCCCCUGUUUGCUCCAGCGAUGUACACUACACUCGGGUUCGGGAAAGGCGAUACUAUUCUGGCAGUCGUAGCAAUCGUCAUAGGUUGUCCUGCACCCUGGAUAUUUUGGCAUUACGGGGAACAGAUACGGAACAAGAGUCGAUAUGCGCGGCGAUAACCCUAGACAAACGAGAAGCAACCGAAAUAGGGCAUGUAUCACAAUAACUUUCAAAUUAUGAAUCCCGCUGGCAGUGAUACGGUAUUUUUAUUCCCGUUGGCCCCGUAUAAUGCACCUAAAAACUCUGCUCUUAACCUCCCCGCUCCCAAUUCCAAGUCUUGAAGUUGCAACAGUAACGAACGUAAGAACGCGAGUAACCAUGAUACACAAGAUACUGUAUGUGACAUGCUCGACUGUUGCUGCUGAGGUCUGCCGACGGGGGCUCGAGCUUGUCUCGCGAGAGCAUUUGCAGGAUUCACCAGAUUGUUUCUAGGGUAUAAGGCAAGCCCGGUGAAGCUCUCAUGCGCCUUCACGAGGAAUUCCGUAAGUGCCCAUUUUCAGAGACAAGUUCUGCAUAGUCAGGCCUUGUGAUCCUUGAACGACUCCAAACCUUGCACGC